UUGUCUAGGGGCGGGAUAGAGGCUCGACCAAGGCGGACAGAGACGGAGGCAAGCUGAGAGAGAGCGUAGCCCCACGGAGUACCGCCACCCGUGUGUGUCGCACUAAAAUGUGACUCUGGCCAGCAGCAUCGGGAGCCGUGUGUGAGCGCGAGCGCGAGAGCGAGAGAGAGUCGUGUGUGCCGGAAUUUUCGUUAGUUUAGAAAGCGGCAGCUACGUUUUUCUCACUUAAACAGCCGACCAGCGAGCUGACACCAAAUAACACCAACCAAGCAAGAACAAAAAGCUGAGGAAGAACAGAAAAAGAGGGCAAAGAUAAGAACAGAAAAAAGGCCCAAUAAGGAAGGGAGGAAAUCCGGCUGGACGACGGUCGUUGGUGAACCAAACAUAUCAUAAAAUAUCAUUUUAUCGUAGCUGCGGAUCACUUAGUUGGUCUGAACUAGCUAGAAUAGACGAAGCUGGACUGAAUGGUGAAGAAGAAGAAGAGCCAGCGUACCUAGUGCAAGGAUAGGAGAGACUGAUGGGUCAUAUCGUGCGAGUCUGAUCAAAUCUAGACCGAUAGGCUUAUAGAUAGAUAGAUAGAUAGGUAUAUAUGUGCAUUUAGAAACGGAGAGAGUGUAGCUGGUUUCGUCCUCCGUUGUACCAUCGUUAUCCUCGUCUGUUCGCGUUCGCCUACUACGUGUGGCAACACAACUGGCGUGUUACACGUCCAGGAUCACUCAGCUAGUUCCGAUGACCGUUUUGGAUUAGUGUACCAAUUCGUACCACUCCACCGUGAACUGUGAUUCCUUGUGGCGUGGACGCAGAGGAGGGUGACCGUGACGACGGGGUAGACGAGACGAGGAAAAAUGAAGCUCGAAUUGAUGAACCGAGAAAAGGGCCUGGAGCUCUUCGGGAAAUUUAUACGAACGAAGAAUGUAGACAGUCUCCAGGGUGACCAGAGGAAAACUGGACCGGAGCCACUGCAUCCGACCGAUUCCAAGCAGAAAUUACAGAAGUGCCUGACGACUCUGGACCUGACGUCCUUGGGGGUUGGCUCCUGCGUUGGGACAGGGAUGUACCUAGUCGCGGGGAUGGUGGCGCGCAGCGUCGCCGGGCCAGGCGUCGUCAUCUCCUUCAUAAUCGCGGCCAUUGCUUCCAUCUUUUCCGGAGCAUGUUACGCCGAGUUUGGAGUACGAGUGCCUCACACAACUGGCAGCGCUUACAUGUACAGUUACGUGACCGUAGGCGAAUUAAUAGCAUUCAUUAUUGGAUGGAACAUGAUACUGGAGUACCUUAUAGGUACGAGCGCGUGUGCCUGCGCUCUUAGCGCCUGCCUGGAUGCCCUUACGAAUGGAGCCGUUUCCGGAGCGAUAGCCAACAGCGUGGGAACCAUUUUCGGUCGACCGCCCGAUUUCCUCGCGUUCGUCAUCACCCUAUUGAUGAUGCUGCUAAUGGCCGCAGGCGUGAAGAAAUCAUUGGUGUUCAAUAACGUGUUAAACGCCAUCAAUCUCGCCGUUUGGGUGUUCAUUAUGACGGCGGGGAUGUACUACGUGGAUACCGAUAACUGGAACGAGCACGACGGCUUCUUUCCGUAUGACUGGAGUGGUGUGUUCACCGGUGCAGCGACGUGUUUUUACGCGUUCAUCGGCUUCGAUAUUAUAGCGACCACCGGCGAAGAGGCGACAAACCCGAAGAGGAGCAUCCCCCUCGCUAUAGUCGCCUCGUUAAUCAUAAUACUCACCGCUUAUGUCACUACCAGCAUGAUGUUGACGCUGAUUGUGCCAUACGAUGAGGUAGAUCAAGAUUCAGCAUUGGUGGAGAUGUUUGGUCAAGUUGGAGCAUACAAGUGCAAAUAUAUCGUGGCAGUUGGUGCAUUGGCUGGAUUGACAGUCUCCAUGUUUGGUAGCAUGUUUCCCAUGCCUAGGAUAGUCUAUGCUAUGGCCCAGGAUGGCCUUAUAUUCAGGACUCUGAGCCAAGUGUGGCCAGCAACAGGUACUCCAGUCAUAGCAACACUGACUUCCGGUGUGUGUGCAGCCUUGGCUGCGCUGUUUAUUCAAUUAGAGGUGUUGGUAGAGAUGAUGUCCAUCGGUACUCUACUAGCGUACACUUUGGUGUCUACCUGUGUACUGAUUCUCCGUUAUCAACCUCACUCAACGAACCUUGUAGAAUUGCUACCACAGAGUUUAAGAACACCUUGCCGAUCACCAACUAAAGAAAAUCAGGGAAAUGGUCAAGUGACUUAUGGAAAGGAGCUGAGACCCGAUCAGCUAACUACUGCACUGAAUUCUGUCCAGGCUACACAAUCAGAUCUUGCUGCAGCAAACAGUGGCCAACGUAUUAUGGUAAGAAGAGUGAGGAGAUGCAAUAGUUCGUCGCCAGACUCGGACGACACUUAUGGUGCAGAGGAGGAUGAAGUUGGUUUGGGUAAAGAUGAUCAAUAUUUGGUCAGUGAUAGAACUGAGAAUAAAUUCUACGGUAGUGUGCAUGCAGCUGCAGCUGCCUCCGGUUGUGGCAGUGCGCAUCAGUAUCCAGGAAAUACGCCAAUAAUUGGACCACCUUUGAAUUACCUCCAACGUCGGUUGCAGGCAGCACAAUAUCUCUGUCCUGCCAUCUUCCCCUGGGUUGACAGAGGCCCAGCGACGGAGGCGUCUGGUCGCUACGUUAUGAAAUUAGUCGGCGCACUCUUUUUGCUGAUCGUCAUCUUCGAUUUGAUUAUAGUUUGCGGCAUGGGAAAUAUGGGAACAUUCACAACGAUAAUGAUGUUCGUGUUCCUCUUUGCCAUAAUUGGAGUGUUGCUUGCCAUAAGUAGAAAGUCACAAAACAGAAGUAGCGUAAUGUUUAUGACACCGGGACUCCCAUUCGUACCGGCGAUUGCCAUCACUGUGAACAUAUACCUCAUCUUCAAGCUGAGCAUCUUGACACUCGUCAGAUUCACUGUCUGGAUGAUUCUCGGUUUCAUCAUGUACUUCUACUACGGUAUCAAGCACAGCAGCCUGGAGGAAGGAAACACUUCGGAGAAUCUAGAGGAAAACGUAUCAGCCGGGAACAUCGAAUUGACAGUAACAGAUACACAAAAGCAGCAACCGCAACAACAACAAACGCAUCCGUCGUACACGACGACUGAUCGCAGCAUCUAUGAGGGCCAGCAACUGGAUGCAUUUGGGCAGCCUGUGUUCGGCAGCACGAACUUCGGUGGGACACCAAGUCAGAGGCCAGAAACUGCUGGCCAAUCAUCGCUGUUCAUCGACCACGAAAGCUUCCCCACCUGGGACGAUUGAGCGGCUAUCAGCGCCGAUAUAAAUAUAUAUAUUUGAUGAUAUCAAGAUAAAUUAUUAUGCGAGCCUGACCGGCGUCGAGCGUUCAUCGGCGUAAAAAAAAACGACCCUUUCGGAGCUCGCGGUGUAUAAUGGCCUUUGAGAGGUUAUGAGGCGAGGGGCUAUGGAGUUGGUACUCGCGAGGCUAUUCAUUUAUAAUUUUUAGUUAGCUAACACACAAGUUAAAUAUUUGGUAAAUAACAUUAUGUUUGAAAAUAUUUCAUUGGUUUUAAGAUUAGGAUGGUUCACAGGAGGAAGUUGGGUAAUUGUUUUCCAAAAAGGUUCUUUUAAGUUCAUGUUAUGAUUAAUGGAGGACUGUUUGAGAUUAUGAUGAUUGACAGGAAUAGGUCCGAUAGUUGCUUUUCAAGGAGAUAUUCUAACGUUAGGUUAUGUUAUAAUUAUUGGAGAAUUGUUUGAGAUUAGAAUGAUUGACAUAAAUAAGUUGGAGAGAUGUUUCUGAAAGGUCUUUUAAAGUUAAAUUAUGUUAUACUUAAUGGUGAACUGAUGCAUUUUACUAUUGUAAAAUUAGAGUUUCAUUGACUGUAAGGUUACAGUGGCAAAGAGAUAAAUUAGAUAAUUGGAUUUCAAAGAAAUUUCUUUAAUAUUAUAGUUUAUAUUAUGAUUAAUGCAGAAUAUGCAUUAAUGUUUAAUCUCGAAUUGCUUUGAAACAAUUUUGUUGAUUUUAAAAUUAGGGUGCACAAAUAAGUUGGGAAGUUAUUAUUUAAGAUAGCUGAAAGAGAAUUGAUGCAUAUGCUUCUUCGAGUAGAGUGUAAUGAUUUAAUCAUUUGUUUCUUCUGUGAAGAAUGAACGAAGGAAUUUCGCGAACUGGUUUUUUUUUUUAAAAAAAAAGGAUAUAGAAACCCAGAAUUUUUCUCGAUAAGCGCUCGACGAUUGUGCAGGAGGUGCUGCUUCGAAAUUCUGAGCUUCCCUUACUAAUUUCACUUCUCCACACUGAGAAACGUCAAUUUCCAAAUCCAUCCUAAUCGAUCGUCGAGCAUAAUCCACCUUUUAAUGAUCAUUCAAAAGAACCCUCUGAAUCGAAAAAAGGUAAAGACAGAAACAAAAAUAGCGGAACCGCGAGUCUCCGAUGGGCAAACUUGUUGACUACUGUUUGGGACGAAUGUAGCAAAUAAUUUUCGCGGCAAUAUUUAUUAUUCUAGUUGUAUAAAAGUGAGAGAGAGCGCGAGAGAAUGGGAGAGUCUGAGAGUGCGAGAGAAUGAGAGGCAGAGCUGUCAGAGGCGGAAUCAUGAAGAAGAAGAAGAAGAAAAAUACAAGUUAGGGAGAGAGACCAUGGCUAAACUUUAUUUUGGAGCAUUCCAAAUUUUUUGCAUUUUUAAUAAUAUGUGGUAGUUUUCGACGAAUAAAAUCUGAAAAUACCGUAUUUAAAACACAGAGAUUAUUAUCUAUAAUAUUGUCUAUACAUAAAGUUUAUGGAUAUUGGACAGUUUACUUGGAUACACAUGUUUUAUGACUUAUUCGGGUUGAGAGCUCGAUUAACUGAAUAAAUUGAUCUUUGUUUGAGUUAGGUGUAAGUUAGAUUUAAUUAGUAUUAUUAAGAAACAUGUUGUUCUUACAUAGAUACCAGCAAACUGAAGACCCGCAAAAGACGGGAUGCGUUACAGAAGCCAAUAUGAUAAAGACAACCUUACUGAUCAAAGUCUAAACAUCGUCCAAACAAACUGCGCAAUGUGUUUGAACUUUAUAUACACAUAAUAUCUAAAAUGAUGAUCCCUAUCCAUAAAAGUCAUAGUUCUGCGUUUUACUCCUCAAAAACUCUCAUACGUUAUAAAAAUAAGUAUAAAUUUGGUAUGCCCCAAAAAGAAGUUCAACCACAACCAUUACCAUUCUUAGAUGUAAAGCGACACUUGUGUUUUCCAAGAGAGCAUUUUAACUGCUGAAAGAUGCGUGUAGACGUGCAGCUAAUUGAUGAAGAGAGAAGAAUUAAAGAACAAGGCGAUCGUAACAAAGAAACUUUGUUCCUGAGAGUUGAAGAAAACACGAGAGUAGAAGAUGAAGAUUGAAAGAAACUAAAUGGCGGAGAAAAUAUGAAGAAAGAAAGAAACUGGAUCUUGCCUAAAUCUAGUCUUUCCCAAUCUUGAAGAAAGCUUAGAAUUAUAUGAUUAUAAUCUUACAAGAGGAAUUUUAAUCUUAUCUUGUACAUUAAACUGGAAUUGCGACGCAAAGUCGCGUUUCCAUUGGACAUAUUCGAUUAAAGAUUGUUAGCCCCCUGCCAGACACCAUAAAUGGGGUUCUAUGGGAGUUGCAGAGGGCUGGUAUGAGUCAACAAACAGACAAAUUAAAUAAAUAAAUAGAUAGAAAGACAGUGACAGAGACAGAGAGAGCAAUAUGUAGAUUUGAAAUUAUUGAUAUUUUGAAAUUGAUAAAAAUUCUCAGCUCUGGGGUGCCCUAGUGUGGAGCACCAUAGGAAAAUGGUAUCUGUUAUUUGAUUAUAAAUGUUCUUCAGUAGAGAACAUCCAGUUUUAAUAAUGACAAGUUCCUACAACGACUGUUGACCACUCAAUUGUUAUUAUUUAUGAAUGGUUUUAUGUAUCUUACGUUUUAGAGUAGAGUUGUGAUUGUUACUAGUGGAUGUAUUACCGACAAUCUUAGGUUUGUUUGUUUUUAAAAUUAACAAAGAAGAGAAUACUCUUGGAAUAUCAUAAACGUCCAUUCGAUGAUCGUAUUUGUCAAUUUGCUUUGGGAAACAAAGAGAAGAAAUUGUAAUGAGGAAAAUUGUGAGAACAAAGGAAGCUUGUAUAAUCGUAUGAAAUAUAAGGAUGAGACAAAGGAAGAUACUAACUAAAUGUUGAAGAUAUAGGAAUAUUGGGUAAAGUGAGAAAAGUUGGUAAGUGGAAAAAUUGAGAAACUGAAUAGGAGAGUUAAAAAAUGGGAAAAUUGGGAAAAUGAACAAGUGGAAAAGUGAUAAGGCAAAAGGUAAAGAAGAAAUUACAGCGGAAAGACAGCUACAGGGGGCAGCUUGGGAAAUUUACGUCUCUCCAUUUAUUCUAUUCUCGGAUCUCCAUAUCGGAUCUACAUAUCGAUCAGUGAUCUUUUCACAUAUCAGUCUGCACCUUUUGCAAGGGAAAAACCGUGAAAUUCUGGUAGUAGAACGAAUGAUCAAAGAAGAGAGCGCAAGAGUGGGAGUAAAUGUCGCGGAAGAAUGAAAGAUUGAUCUGAACAUUUAUCUUUAAGUAUUAAUGCGUCUGUUAAAAAAAUUUUUCUAAUAUAUAUAUAUAUUAUAUUAUAUUAUAUUAUAUAUAUAUGUAUCAUAUAUAUAUAUAUGACGAGAUAUACUUUCUAUGCGCGACCAUCGAUCUAUAGGUUCGAUCGCGGAUCGAUCGAUCCAAGAACGAGGCUGCUGUAUUAGGAUUUUUUUAGUUUUCAGUUCCGACCCCUGUAACGUCGCUAUUAGAAGCUUAUCGGCGAUGAAGAAGAGUAACAAACAGUAUUUUCCAAAUAUGACCUUAACUACGAUAUCGAUUUUGUUAUGUUGACUAGGUUAGGUUAGAAAGAUUCUAGAAAAAUUUACUUGAAAACAAAGUACAACCAUAUCUCAAUUAAGAUAAUCGAGAAAGGAAGAUUGAUUAAGGAAGGCACAAGUCUUCAAUGUGGACUAGUAACAUAAUUAGGGGAAAAUGUCUUCUUCAUCCUCUAUAUGCUUCGAUCUAAGUUGAGCGGUGAUCGCUGUUCCGAAUGUCCGCUUAUUCAGCAUUGAUUAGCAAUCUUUGAACAUCCCCGACAGUUUUUGAACGAGUAUCAAUAACAUCGAAACACUCUUAAUCCCUGGAACAAUAUUUGAAAACGAAAUUCCCCAAGAAAAAUCCCUUAGAAGGCGUAGCAAUCAAGUUACUGGACAUAUUAUUAACAUUGUUCGUCUAAAAAAGCUUUAAUACAGUCUAAAUAGUUGAUAACAUUUGAUUUAAAUCCAAGUCAGACUAUUUACAGGCUGGGUACAUUUUCAGUUUGAGUUGUUAACUCAAUACAUAUCACUAUGACUAACGUCGUAAUAUAAGAAUAUUAGAAAAGAAAAUGGUUAAUGAUUGUUGAUACUCGUUGAAGAAUGAAAGAUUGGAAACCAUAGCGUAAUUAUCGAUCCACAAAACAAAUUACCUUUGCGCUAGGGAAAAAGCCAGGAGCUGAAGUUGUUUGAUGAUAAAUGGUUCCAUUUUGUGAAAGAACAGUGCCUGCACGUUCACUUAAAAAAUUCCUAGAUCGCCAAACAAGGCUUAGAAAUAACUGGAGCCCCCAAAAAUAGAGAAUUUUUGAUCUUUCUUUUUUCUCGUGGAAUGUAAAAUUUCAAGAAUCUCUUUUACAAACCAAUGGAGAAGAAUAACGACAGCAAAAGCGGAAUCUCGACGCGGCACUUUGCUCUUUGCUUUUUUAGUUAGUCUUUCAAAUUCGUAGAUAGGAGGAAAUGGCCUACUGCGACGUAUGGCUGCUCGAUGAACCUCUGACAUCUUCCUACCAACGUGAAUGAAAUCUCAGAAACUCCCUAGAAAGAAGAAACUCUUAUUUUUUGACAACAUACAUAAGAAGAGCAUAAAAUUACCAAAAAUUCUUAUCAAGUCGAUGGACAAUUUUUAAAAAGAAAUGUUCUUGUGUGAUUGUAUAAGUAUUGCAAACAUAAGGCGAUGUGUUGUUCAAAUUUUCCUUCUACUCGUUCUCUCGUAAGGAAAACAGGUGAGAAAAAUGAUUUUUCAAGUAGAAUCGACUAACGUUAGGUUCACUCAGGCUCAUCAAGCACCAUGCUCGAACAAAGCGUACUUCGAAAUUGCGGUAAAUUACUCCGAGACACCGAGAAGAGAGCGGAAUGAUGUUAGAAAAAUAUAGUCGCGUGUUCAGUGGCGCAGCUUACGGCGAGAAUUAUCUUCCAACGCGUUUGACGAGCGAGAGGGAUCGUGUGCGUCCAUUUAAAUAAACAUUCGCUUCUUUUUCUCGUUUGCUGCAAAUAGGAAAGUGACGCCAAUACGGGGAAGAAACUAGUUUUCUUCGUUUCCCGUUCGGUUUCUACCUCCAAGUAACCACAGAGUUCCCAUCCAGAUCCCUUUCUCUUCGUUCUCUACGUAUAUGGACAAAUUCUUGAAAUUUCGUUCGAAAACGAGGGUAUCUCGAUGGAAACUCGCUUUUCAGAGUUCUGAUCGUGCAUCCUCCACCGAAAGUGGGGAAUUACCUCGUUUGGUAGAGCGAUGUUGGUCCUUCCACAUAUUGGGUUGGAUGGUACAUGGUCCACUCACACUCUGGACGAAACAAGAAAUCAGAUUCAUUAUUUAUUCAACUUUUAUUCGGUAUAUUUAACGUUUCACAGUAUUAUAUAUCUACAAUUCUAUAUUGUUUUGAGGUUAGGAUACGUUUCCCGUUACGGGAACGGUUAAGGAUUAAAACAAAGAACAUUGCAGGAAAAUAGAUAAACGGACAACGACAUAUCAUUUGAGUAUUAUUUGGAGACAUCAAUUUGAUUAUUUUUGAAUUGAAUAAUGCUUUUCGAAUCGUCUUUAAAGUUAAUAAUUUUAGAAAAAAUGUGAAAAUUGAGUAAUAUGUUCCAGUGUGGAGGAGUGAACAAGGACAAAAGAUAACGGAGUAAGAGAGGCAGAGAGUGAAAGGUUGAGCGUGAGAGGGAGAACUAGAUCGGAGAAUGUGUGAGUCGGUGUAAUUAUCGAAAUACAAAUUUUUUUCUUCUCUCGGGGAAAAUCGUGGUAUCUUGGGAAGAUAUAUGCGCACUAGGAGGACAGAAUUUUCCAUGUAAUAUAUAUACCCUUACGUAACUACGUUGUUUAAUAUUGAUAAGGAUCAAAAAUAAAAGUGAUUAUUCAGAAAGUAA